UCGGCGCCGUGUUGAUGAAGGGCGAGGUAGCUGCGACAGCGAAGAGCAGCUCCAACUGUGUCGCAGUCGACGAUUUCUUCUUUUGAUUACUCACUCGCUUCUAAAGAUGGUUCGGCCGCAUUUUGGACCGCCCCGUUUAAAGCCCAGACCCUACGAAGAUGGUCACGGCAUUCGACCCAACGAAGGGAAUUACAACCCCCACUCCAAAAGCCGAAGAGAUGUCCAGGACAAGACGCCUUUUCACUGGAGAGAUUCCAGGGGCAGAGGACGACCCCCGGUCGUCAAAAGAGUCCCCCUGAUGGGAGAGCAAAGGGAGCCACGCUUCAAUCACUGGAGGUCCCAAAAUCAGGAUUCCUUUCAAUCGUACCCGCCCAAAAUGGAACCACACCACAGCCAGAGGAGGCAUUCUCCAUCCAGGCAGAAUCGCUCAUCCUCUCGCAGUCCUGCACGAGGAUCCCAGAAUCAAAGGGGCCCGCCUUUCCACGGUCACCCCUCAGGUCACAGGUCACCCUCGCCGAGACAUUUUCGCAACCACCCGGCUGAUAGGAGGCCGGGCUCUGCGCCCCCGUUCCAGGGGUCUUUCAGGGGCAAAAGGCAGUCAGGUUUUCAGGAGCAGCGGGGUCGAGACCCUCGUGGGUAUUACAACCCCAGAGAAAGGCCCUUUGAGCACUCGGGUCAUGGCAUGAAGCGCUGGAACGAGGCCGGAGCCUUCUCUCAUCCGCACAAUGGAGAACACGGGCCCUCUGGUUCACAGAGGAACCCCAGAGAGAUGCAUGGGAGAGGCUCAUGUCCAGAGAGGUGGUCAUCUGAGCAAGACUCCAGGCGACAGCGUGGUCCGGUGGAGAGGCAGGGCAGCAGAUCCCACAGUAGGGAGAGGGCACAGGAUGGCCCUCACCUGCCCCCGUUCAGAGCCCCCUCGUGGAAAGGGGGCCCAUCGCCAUCCUCCUCCUUCCACAGGAACCCUCAGGAGAGGCCAGAGACAGGACCCCGCAAGAGGAGGAUAUCGGACAUCAGCAUGCCCUCAUCGGACCCUGCACUGGAGCACGGCAAUCAAAAACAACCCAGGAGGGAGAGGCCUCAGCUGCUCAGUAUUCCCAGGCCGCUGGGCGGUAAACCUUUGUCUCUUAGGGAUCGAAGUUUCCUGGUCAAGAACAAACAAGUCCGAGCGGAGCCUCUCGUUGGGAUCGCAGUGCCGACGUCUGUGAGACCCAGGCCUCGCCUGGACGCUCCGGCCUCGCAGGAAAACAACAGCUCCGUUAUGGCCAUCAGAAAGAAACGUUUCCAAUCGACUCCAGUUCCCCUGAAAAAGCCGGAGCCGAGGAAAGUCAAACCACAGCAGACACCCCCCAGAGAGGAAAGCAAUACCAGCAAGUCCUCAAGAGACUCUGAUACAGGCAAAGAACAGGUGGAGUCUCGCCGGUCCGCGAACACGCACAGGUUGUCUUCUCCCAUAGAGAAACGUGACCUCGUUGUUUUGUCCCACUGGCCGCCCGGGCCGAGCCCGACGAAGGGCCGCAGCCCGAAGAACGAUCAAGACGCACCGAACAGCCGACUCUCGAAGGCGGAUGACUCCAGGUCGUGGCCUGAAGACCGAAGACAGAGUUUCAUGGACCAGAGGGUGUUCAGGCCAUUUAAUAAUAUGAUGCAGGACAGCUACAGACCCGGGAGGCCCUUCAGGAGACCGGGACAGGGACCCAUGCAGAGACCUCGGUUCCCUGGUGGUCCGAGGAAGAUGGGCCCCGAAAUGUCCGGAAAUAUUAGAAGACCGCUCAUGGAGAGCUUAGUGACGCGUCCCUUCCAAGACCAGAGGCCGGUGUUCAGAAAAAGUUACAACAUCAUGUCCAAAUACCGCAGCAUGCGUCAGCAGCGGGCGCCGUACAAUGACCGGGGGCCCAACCAGCGCUGGUGACGACCUCUGGGACGACCUCUGACAUGAUUACUGGAGGAAGCUCUGAAGCUCAUCGAUGUCUCACUACCCCCCCCCCCUCGCCCCCCUCCUCCUAUACUGUGGAAGUAUUGUCGCUUAAAUUUUUUCUCUGAUGCAAUUGUUUAAAUUGCAUCUUUCGAGGUACCGCUGUAUUUUAGUUUUGGGCUAUUUGUAACGUUUGCCAUCGCGUGUGUAUUGUUCGGCCUUCUUUCUUCUUGUGUAUAAUUAUUUAGGAGUGCCGCCUGCGAUCAUGGCCGGCUUCUCUUUACUGAGUUAGUUUGUAGCUCGCUCUUUUGUUUACCAGCUGGGAUGGAUUUGAGGUUUUGAAGUACCCAGAAGAAACGUUUCCUGUAAAGAAUAAUCACGUGUCGUGUCGUGAUGAGACUCAGCGGCUCGUCCAAUUACACUACAACUUGUACAACUUGUAUAAUCACAUGUUCAGUUUAUUGUUUGAACUGAAAAUAAACCAAAUUUAACAUG